AUGCUGCUCAGCUUUGAUGGACGGACAGACGGAGUCAGUACCCUGGUCGUUCUAGAACUACUCAAUGCGACGAGCGUGUGUGGUGGGUGCGUGAAGGCAAUCGCUGUCGCGUCGGGUUGUUGUCUUUCAUUGACGAGCCGACAUGAUGGCCUUCAGUGCGUGUCGGAUGGUAUUCGCAAUCGUGAAUGCAGAAACCAACGAAAGAGCACGUCAAGUGACUCUCGAAUGCUGCGUGUCGCCGUGGACGGGCUGCUUGGCUGGGCCGAGGAAUGUGAAGCUUGGGUGAUGCGGCACGCUUGGCGGGGAGAAUGCUUUGUUUUCAAUGGGUGUGGACCAGCCAGGAGGGGAUCAAACAGGAGGAAAUCGAGGGACGAUCCGGAUUUCACCAACGUGGAUAUGUACGUGCCUCGGCCCGUCGUACCUGCGUUGACACGAGCAGCAGGCGCGGAACCCCUGUCGGAUGGCGCACUAGCGGCUGCGCUGCGGCAUGUCAUUCGUCGGCGCCCAUUCGCUUCACGCUUGCGCCGCUGCCAUCACCGCCAUCGCUCGGACUGUAAAGUGCACGGUGAUGACAUGAAUUCGUCGCGGUCACGGGGCAUGCCAGGCAUCAAUACUGUAGCUGUAUCCCUGCUUGGUCCCCGAGGACCUUGCGCGGGAACGACGUGGAUGUGCUGUGCUGUGAUGAACAUGUCACCCCCACGAAUGCCGGCCACCAGGAACCCUCUCGAUGAUCGCGAGUCGCCAAAGCACUUCGCCAACAUCGCAGCAGGAUAUCGUUCACCCUUGCCUCCACCCACGCUCUCGACUGCCUCGCGGAAUUCCUUCUCCUCUUCUGUGCUGAGAUGCACCUCAAUGGCCUUUGCAUUCUCCUCUAGGUACUACCAGCUUGUCAAUACGGAAACUUGCAAUGCUGCAGUCCCUCAGCAACGUGGAACACUCACUUUUCUCCGUUUCGUGUGUUAUGAAGUUGAGAUUGAUAAUGAUUAUGUAGACCAGCCCCUGGACCGUUACUUCCUUAAAAGGCACGCCCUCGUGCCGUUGUCAGAAAUUUCCUUUGCCUGGAUGCUCGUCAUCUAG